AUGGAGACCAAUGUUUCUGAAAUCCAAGUAGAAAACAAGGAUGAAAAGAGAUCAGCAGAAGUUAGUCCUCAGGACAAGAGACAAGGGGAACAAACCUCUGUUCUGUGCUUCAAGAGACGGAAGAAAACAGCCAAAGUGCUUAAGUCCAAAGCUGGGUCUGAAGCCACCCAUGAAGCCGGCACUUCUGAUCAGCCACACUCCCUAGGAGGGGCCUGGGCCUCAUUCAAACGUCUUGUAACACGGAGGAAAAGGGCAGGUUCUUCAAAGCAGCAAAAAACCCUUGAGGCAAAAGUGCAACCUGAAAUAAAUGCUGAGGAUGUUGGUCUUUCUAAGAAAAAGGCAAAAUCCAGACUUAAAAUUCCCUGCAUAAAAUUCUCAAAAAGUGAGAAAAGAAGUAGCCAUUCCAAAAGUAUAGAAGAUGUGGACUGCAGCAUCAAAGUACAGGGAGAGACUGAAAGUUUGGAUACAAAAACUGAAACUCAAUUGAAUGACCAGGCAACAAAGGCCAGAUCGGCCCAGAAUCUAAGCGAAGGUGUCACACAGAAAGAUGGGGAUGAGCUGUGUGAAGCAAAUGUGAGCAAUGCUACCACUUCUGCUGAAGAGAAAGUCGUUUCGGUGGAACUUGGAUUAGAUACUGGGCAUUCUGCUAUUCAAACAGAAACUCCAAUUCUUGAAAGAGAUAAUGAAACAAUCCAGGAAAAACAAGGUGGUCAGCUUGAGGAAGCAAGUCCAACUGAAAGUUCAGAAACAGACCAUCAGCAGCUACCGGUCGUUUCUGAUGUUCCUCCUCCACCUACAACCCCAGAUCAACAAAUUGUGGAAGAAGUCAGCAACAGUAUCCUAGAAAGUGCACCAGACUGGAAAGUCCAUGAAAGUCAACAGAUGAUAGCUGAAGAGAGUAAGCCUAAAGAUAGUGAAGAGAGUGCAGAUGAAUCAGAUAUUAAAGAAAACGGGAUCAUUGUGGAGAAACCCAAAUCAGAAGAAAGCAAAAGGAUGGAGCCAAUUGCUAUUAUUAUUACAGAUACAGAAAUCAGUGAAUUUGAUGUUACAAAAUCUAAAAAUGUGCCUAAGCAAUUUGUAAUUUCAGUUGAAAACGAGCAAGUUGGGGUUUUUGCCAAUGAUAGUAGUUUUGAGGGUAGAACUUCAGAACAAUAUGAAACACUCUUAAUAGAAACAGCUUCUUCUCUUGUCAAAAAUGCUAUCCAGUUGUCUAUUGAACAGCUAGUUAAUGAAAUGGUCUCUGGUGAUAAUAAAAUAAACAGUCUUCUGCAGUGA